GUUGGCAGGUAUCUGGUUUGCAGUCUGCUGGUUGUGGGACUGCUGGGACCGCAGAGGUUGGGCGCCGCGACUACACUGACGGACGUCCUCAAUCUGAACACGCAACCGCUGCAGAGAGUCGCUAGGGAUAAUAAUAAUAACAACAAGUAUUUUGGUGGAAGGUACGGUUCGGGGACGGACGAUGGGAAAGUUGUAGGUGGCGCUUUGAAACCGGAAGAGACGCCGGAAGCGAGACAAUCGGAACCCGGAAACGUGGGGAAAAGGUGCAGCAGAUGCAACAGCGACUACGAUCGAUAUGAUAGGUAUGAUCGGUACGAUAAGUACGAUAAGUACGAUCCGAGGUCGAGGUACUAUUACGACGAUAGGGAUAGGUACGAGAGCAGGAGGACAAAGUACCCGGACUACGAUUACGAUAGAUACGACAGAUAUGAUAGAGGUGGCGGCGCUGGAGGAGCAGGUGGCGGCGCUGGAUAUGACAGAUACGACAAAUAUGACAAGUACGACAAGUAUGACAGAUACGAUAGGUACGAUCGGUACUACGAGAGGGACAGGUACGAUCCACGUGACAGAUACGAGGAGGGAAGGUACAGUGGUGGCGCUGCAGGCGGUGGAAGGGACAGAUAUCCGGACAGGGGUAUUGGGUAUGACAACAGAGGAUACGACUAUCGAGGAGGUGGUGGCAGUGGCGGUGGCGCCGGGUACAGACCUGCAGGACCAGCAGGAGGAGACGACCAUAUGCGAGGAUACGAACGUGGAUACUCGUCCACCUACAAUUCCAGACUUCCUGAUUACUACGGAUCAGGAUACGCCAGCUCCUGGAACUACGGAGGAGGAGGAGGCGGCGGUGGCGGCCGCGGAGACGACUAUUACAAAGAUCGUGGCGGCUGGAGGGACCAGGGUUACGCCUCGCCAAGACCGAAAUAUCCUUACUACGAUGACGGAUAUCGUGGAACGAGUUACCUCUACGGUCGUCCAUCCAGUACGACAACAUCAAGACCGUCCUCAUCUCAAGACGACAACUCCGUCACGGAUAGUCCGCUUCAAACCAACUCUCCUUCCGGUUAAAAUAACCUAAAAAAAACUAUCUAUUAAUUAUUUAUUGCUUAACAUUAAGUUAAGUUAACAUUUAAGUUUC